CGCGGGUCUCGCCCUCAGGCGGUCACUCAGUCGCUGGAGCUGGUGGAGAUGGCAGUGUGGCGCUUUACUGUUCCCUUGCCCACUGUGCUGCUGCUGCUCCUGGCCAGCCUGACUCUCCUCAUCUCCUCAGCCUCAGAGCAGCAGCCCAUUCCUAACGAAAAUCUGUUGGUGCUUACGGUAGCGACCAAAGAAACAGAUGGCUUCAAACGUUUCAUGCAGACAGCUCAACAUCUCAACUAUACAGUCAAGGUACUUGGUGCAGAGGAGGACUGGCGUGGGGGAAACAUACCUCACACAAUUGGUGGAGGACAGAAAGUGCGACUGUUGAAGGAAGAGAUGCAAAAUCACGCUGACCGCGAUGAUCUUGUGGUGCUGUUCACUGACAGUUAUGAUGUUCUCUUUGCGGGUGGACCUGAGGAGCUACUGAACAAGUUCCAGCAGUUCAAUCACAAGGUGGUAUUUGCUGCUGAAGGGCUGAUCUGGCCAGAUAACAGGCUUGCAGACAAAUAUCCCAAGGUUCGCAGUGGAAAGAGAUUUCUUAAUUCAGGAGGAAUCAUUGGAUAUGCUUCUUCUAUAAAUCGCAUUGUAGAGAAAUGGCAACUUCAAGAUAAUGAUGAUGAUCAGCUGUUCUAUACCAAAGUUUACGUGGAUGCUUUAAAGCGACUUUCUCUCAACAUAACUUUGGAUCACAAAAGCAAAAUUUUCCAAAACUUGAAUGGAGCUGUAGAUGAAAUAGAAUUGCAGUUCGAGCCAACAAGGGUCAGAGCCAGGAAUAUAAUAUUCGACACAAUACCCGUCCUCAUCCAUGGCAACAGACAGACUAAACACCUGCUGAACUAUCUUGGUAACUAUGUCCCUGAUGCUUGGACCUCAGAUUUAGGCUGCACAGUUUGUAAUGAAGAUUUGUUGGACCUAUCUACGUUGGAUGAAUACCCCAGCGUGACUGUUGGCAUAUUCAUUGAACAGCCAUCACCCUUUCUUCCGGAGUUUUUAGAAAGACUUCUGACCAUCAAUUAUCCAAGGGAGAAGCUUAAAUUCUUCAUCCACAAUAAAGAGGUUUACCAUGAGAGACACAUACACAAGUUCUGGGAGAAACACAAAGGUGAACUUGACGUGAAAUUUGUGGGUCCUGAGGAGAUCCUGAGUGAAGGAGAUGCCAGGAAUAUGGGAAUGGAUUACUGUCGCCAGGAUCCAGAAUGUGAUUAUUACUUCAAUCUUGAUUCCGAUGUUGUCUUGACAAACCCAGAUACGCUGAAAAUAUUAAUUGAGCAAAAUAGGAGGAUAAUCGCACCAAUGGUCACCCAGCAUAAAAAACUGUGGUCCAACUUCUGGGGUGCUCUGAGUCCCGAUGGUUACUAUGCCCGCUCUGAGGAUUAUGUUGACAUUGUCGAAGGAAGUAGAAUGGGUAUCUGGAACGUUCCCUACAUAGCACACGUGUACCUUGUCAAAGGAACUGCCUUGAGAACAGAUUUAAAAGAGAAAAAUUAUUUUAACCAGGACAUGAUGGAUUCUGAUAUGUCACUUUGCAGAAAUAUCAGGGAACAGAAAAUAGAAAAGAAAACUCGCUCCCCUACUCCGGAAAGUUUCCAUAUGUUCAAGCCCCCAAAGGGCAUUUUCAUGUAUGUUACUAAUCUGCAUGAAUUUGGACGGCUCCUUUCAACUGAAAAUUACAAUGCCUCACAUGUGCACGGCGAUCUGUGGGAAAUAUUUUCCAACCCAUUGGAUUGGAGGGAUAAAUACAUUCAUCCAAGCUACACAGAAAUAUUCUCGGGGAAUGUGGUUGAAGAGCCAUGCCCAGAUGUCUUCUGGUUCCCGAUAUUUUCGGAGACAACGUGUGAUGAGCUUGUGGCGGAAGUGGAAAACUAUGGCGUUUGGUCUGGUGGGAAAAACGAGGAUAAGCGUCUUGUUGGUGGAUAUGAGAAUGUUCCUACUGAUGACAUUCACAUGACCCAGGUUGGACUGGAUCAGGUGUGGCUCCACUUCAUUCGGGAGUAUAUUGCACCAGUGGCACUCAAGCUUUUCUCUGGUUAUCACACCAAGGGCUUUGCUAUGCUGAACUUUGUUGUGAAGUAUACACCAGAGAGACAGGCUUAUCUAAGGCCUCACCAUGAUUCCUCCACGUUCACUAUAAACAUCGCCUUAAAUAAUAAAGGAAUAGACUAUCAGGGUGGAGGUUGCAAAUUCCAUCGAUAUAACUGUGCUGUCGAGUCCCCCAGGAAAGGCUGGAGUUUUAUGCAUCCAGGAAGACUAACUCAUCUUCACGAAGGGCUUCCAACUACAAAUGGAACGCGAUACAUUGCCGUGUCUUUUGUUGACCCAUAGACCUUUAAUGACCUUGCAUUUGCGUGAACACUCAAAAUAUGAUUAAGAGGGUUGACUUCCUGAGCACCCGAUUCCUCAAUCCAUGAUGUAAUGGGAUAGAAAUUUGUCUCGGACGGUGAGGCAGAAUGACUGAUACUGGAUUAGCUGCUCAUUAUGCAGGGCCUGAUAUUGAGUUCUGUUGAGCUAAGUAUCUCAUGUCCUGAGUAAUACAGGCUGCUGAUCCAAUAUUGCUCAUUUUCGCUCUUUCACUGGAGAUGAAUUUCUACCCCAAAAUAUUACAAACAAAAGCUGAACCUUCCUUGUGAUGGAAGAAUAUAUCAUUUUUAAAAAUCACAUUUCUAUUAAACUUAAUUGAUUUAUAGAGUCAUAAGUCUUAGAGGCAUACAGCAUGGAAACAGACCCUUCGAUCCAACCCAUCCAUGCUGACCAGAUAUCCCAACCUAAUCUAGUCCCACCUGCCAGCACCCGGCCCAUAUCCCUCUAAACGUUUCCUAGUCAUAUACCCAUCCAAAUGCCUCUUAAAUGUUGCAUUUGUACCAGCCUUCACCACUUCCUCUGGCAGCUCAUUCCAUACAUGUACCACCCUCUGCGUGAAAAAAUUGCCCCUUAGGUCUGUUUUAUAUCUUUCCCCUCUCACCCUAAACAAUGCCCUCUAGUUCUGGACUCCCCAACCCCAGGGAAAAACUUUGUUUAUUUACCGUAUCCAUGCCCUUCAUAAUUUUGUUAACCUCUAUAAGAUCACCCCUCAGCCUCUGAUGCUCCAGGGAAUACAGCCCCAGCGUGUUUAGCCUAGGUAUUUUGGAUUUAAAGGAAGUGAGAAGGGAUAGCAGGCAAAAAUGUUCCACCAUGACAAUUAAGAUACUGUCUUUCGCUAUUGAAUAGUUACCACUUCAGUCCUUCUGAAGCCCAGUGAUACUGAGUGGUAUUACCUCAUGUUAUACAAGUACAGGGGACAAUCCUCCUGAUAGGCAUACAGUUAGUCUGCUUACAGACCAGAUUGGAGUGUUUUCUGUCUUUUACACCCUAGUUUAUAUAGUCUGUUAAAAACAACUACACUUGUACAUGAGAAAUGCAACAAGUGAGUGAAGCCUUCAGUAUUUACUUAUAAAGCAGAAACUAUGUGCUAUUCAGGAGUAAUAGGUCAGUCCCUUAGUGCCAUGAUCAGAGAAGCAGAUUGACCUGAAUCAAAUAUCAAUCUGCAUAGGAUUGCUCUUAUGUAGAGCAAGUUACUCACAAUGACUAUGCGCUCUCAGAAGAGAUGAAUGCCUGAAAGUGAACUGAGUUCAUUUUAGUUGCUUUAAUUGUCUUUUUCGUCUCAAAACCUACUUUGUUUUUUAUUUGAAAUCAAAAAAAUCUUUGCACAGCGGGUUUAAUGUCACCAAACUGAAAUGCUGUUUGUUAAAGAUGGUCCGGUGCCCCAUGUAUUGUACAAAGGAUUUCCUUUGGUCUUGCUUGUUUACUGUGCACACAACUCAAAUGUCGCUGUUUGAAGAAUUAAAUCUCUGGGCAGUUUAUAUUCUGUUGUAGUGUUAGACCAGUGAUACUUAACCAGCCCAAGUAUCCUCAGUGAAACUACAAAAACACACAACAGUGGCCACAGUACAGUGUACUGUGCACAACCUGCCUGUGGAGGGCAAAGUUAACUUAUUCUGCCAAGUGUUCUAAAAUUUAAAUAAAAAUAAUAUGAUGAAAAUUA